AAGGACAGAGCUUUGAGUUCUCAGCUAGUGUGCACAUAGUCUCUGACAUGACAUCAUAAGAAGAAGGACUAAGAAACUUAGUGCAGAUUAUAUUAUUUUGUUUAAAAAAAAACAACUGACAAGGACAUUAAGUUUGAAUAUUAACUGAUAACUGCUGAAAAACAACCUUCCUUCAUGGAUCUUCAGAGGACAGGGUCGCUGGUUCGCCCUCCGAGCCCCAUGGACAGCCUGGAGAAGCAGCUUAGCUGCCCAAUUUGCCUGGAAAUGUUCACCAAACCAGUCGUUAUCCUGCCCUGCCAACACAACUUGUGCCGUAGCUGUGCCAGCGACCUCUAUGACUCGCGCAACCCGUACCGCUUCUCUGGUGGCGUUUUCCGCUGUCCUACAUGCAGGUUUGAGGUGGUGCUUGACCGCCAUGGCGUCCAUGGGCUUCAGCGGAACCUGUUGGUCGAGAAUAUCAUCGACAUCUACAAGCAGCAACAGGAAGUGAGUGGAAAUGGAAGAGAAACAGAAACCUCCUUGAAGACUAAAGAGUCGAAAGAGCCGAUGUGUCAGGAACAUGAAGAUGAGAGAAUUAACAUCUAUUGUGCGACCUGCCAGACCCCCACUUGUUCCAUGUGCAAAGUGUUUGGACAGCAUAAAGACUGUGAGGUGGCACCUUUAGAAAGUGUUUAUCAGACCCAAAAGGGUGAACUGAGCAACGGCAUCGACACUCUGGUGUCCAGCAAUGCACGUCUACAAUCUCUACUUAUCCAGAUGGAAGAUGCUUGCCGCGCUGUACAGGAAAAUGCGCAGCGUGCUAAACAGGGCUUAGCUGAGCGCUUCGACCUUUUGUACGCUGUCCUGGAAGAGCGAAAAACCAUACUGCUAGAGCAGAUUGGCAAGGAGCAGGAUGAAAAGGUGGCUGCAUUACGGGCUUUGGCUCAGCGUUACGGCGAACGACUUCAAGCUAGCUCCGAUCUGACAGACUCAGCCGUGAGGGCGUUAGAGCAAAAUGGGGCUGCCGAGUUCCUGUUGGCAUCUAAGGGCCUCAUUACGCAGACCAAAGACGCGGCCAAAAGCUCAAUGGGCGAAGAGCGACCAGAGCCAGGCUUUGAGAAGAUGGAUCACUUCACCCUGUCCACGGAGCACGUCGAAGCCAUUCUAGCAAAGAUUGACUUUGGGUCAGGUGAUGAUGAAGAUGUGGAUUUUGAUGAUGCUGAUGAAGAGGAGGAAUGAUGGAAGUAAUGGUGGACUUGAUGAAAAGACUGAUGUGCUUUUGAAGGUUUGGUGACAGGAGUUUAGCAAGGACUUGUGAAUGUUAGUCAAGUCAUGAGGGAUGCAGUACUUUCAGUGCAAUAUUUCACAGCAACAUAACUUUCCUUUUUAUACUUUUCUACUUCUCAACCACUUGAAUGUUGGCGUCAAGAGGAAAAAUGUCAAGUUUAAUACAAAGAAUGUCUCAGAUUGUUUUUUUGCUUAUUUUUAUUGUAUAUUUACUUAUGAAUAAGGAUGCAUGCCAUUAAAAAUCUUCAUUGUGAGCUCUACUCUUCAAACUAAAUUAUAGGAAGUAGUUUUUUUUUUUUUUUGGAGUGUCCAUGUUGCUGCUCUUACUUGGCUUUACACUGGAUUUAAAAAUAAAAGCAUCGCUAUGCCCUUUCGA